GAUGUUUUAUUGGUAUUAAUAUUUGGAUGUUACCUUUGUGUUUUCCCAGCUUAAUCUCUUUCCACUGCAUCUAUAGCAUGUGUGUGAUUACCAAAGAGAAGACUGUCAUUGCUAAUGUUUUCCUGUACUACAAAAAUAAAUUUUGAAUUCUGUCUAUAAAAACCUAAAUUACACAUCUUUAUAUAGUUCGGUUGUGCACUGGGGAGCAUCGCUGCCUCUCAGUUCCAGGGUAAUAUCCUGAGCAGAGAAAACAGGAAAAUAAAGGCUUGGUAACGUCAGGACAGAGCACAACUGAUCAAAAAACUUUGCAAUGAAUGAACUGAAAGAAGGUCCAGAGAUUGUGUGUGGGUAUUGAUGUUAAAAACAGGUCCGUGUGACCAGUAAGAUGGUGACGGAAGUGUGUGUGUUCUAGGAAGUGCAGUCCGAUAAGGCCAAAUUUGUAGGCUGUUUUGUAUGUUGAGAUGGAAUCUGCAGUCUUGACAACUAGACAUCUGUUGAGAAAAUGAGUAAUUACACAAUAUUAGCAAUGAUAACGUGCAGUAAACACUUUAGAAAAUCCUUCUUACAAACUGGUUAAAAGCAAGAAUUAAUAACAUAAAUGUCCGUUAGGUAAGCUAUUAAAACUUUAAAGCUAUUAAAAGUAAAACAGGUCAGUGUAAUAUUUGUUCCAUAUUUUGACAUAGAAUUUUAGUUGUGAUUAAUUAGUGACUGAAAAGUAAUACACUUUCAACAGUCUACAGUUCUAACAGGGACAAUGAAGUCUAAUACGACGUGAAUUAAAGUCCAGCAAUUCAGUUCGGCUAAACGUUUAUAGAAAAUGAUCAAACUAGUCAUGUAAUUAUUAGACAUUUUCACCUCACAUAUAAGGUGAGUUAUGUAGCAGUGCAGGAUAUUGUGACCAAACACAUAAGUCAAUAAACCUCUAAUUUGAGCUAUAUUAUAAAUGAAAAGAAAUCAAAUAAUUGUGCUUGUUUCUAUGAAUAAAUGCUUAAAAAUGAUGUCAUAUUAGUCUAUUACUGAUUAUUACUGAGUAAAAAAAAGUCUAUUAAUAAUAAUAAGAAUAGUCUAAUAAACCAUUUAAUCGGUUGAUUGUAAUCGUAUAGUAAAUACUAGAAAGAAUCUGACUGUUUUUUUAUUUUUGCUGUGUAUUGACAGAAUUCAGAAUUUAAAAAGCCUUUAGACUGAAAUAGGUUAAUUUAAUAGGUUUUUCUUCUCACUACCCAUGGAACCAUAAUCACGCCUACAUUAAUAUGCAGUAGAUGGAGACUAAGCAGGAGUCUUUGCUCUGAUGUAGGUGAUGUAGUAAAUUAAUUUACUAGGAGCCGGUGUGAGGACGUGAUGAGGAGCCGGUGUGAGGACGUGAUGAGGAAGUGGAACAGGUUUCUGUAGUAGAACAAUGCAAGUGGUUUGAAUUCUUGAGCAUUGUGUUGAACAGCAGCAGAAGCAGGGAGAGAGAAAAUUUCUGCACUGGUUAUGUUUAGACUUGUAACGGAUGACGUCUGAGCUGUAGGUGUCACACACCAGGUGCUUAAUUUAAGUUCGUUUCUCACCCCCAUCUCGCACCUCCUCUCUUCUGGCACCUUACUCCCUCCUUCAUGCGUUCUCUCCAUCACACUUUUCUCUGGUCUCACUGUGCGCACACACUCCUCCCCUCCUCCGUUCUCUCUCUUUUUCUCUUUAUCCCUCUCCAUCCUCUUCACUCUGUAAUUGGAUUCUAUUUUCAGGCAGCUAUAUGUGUCUGUCUCUUGUGUUUGUGUCUCUCACCCCAUUUUUCUCUUUUCUCUCUCUCUUUUUCUUUCUUUGUGUCUAUCUUUUUCCCUCUUUCUCUCUUGACUGAUCUUGUAUUGCCCUGCAUUGUAUUGCUACUUGUCACCAUUUGACAGCCCAGUAGCUUCCUGUACAGAAUGCAUUUCUGAAAAGAAAAAAAAAAAGUGUUUAUUCAGUGUUUGUUUUCAGUUGGAUGCAGCUGGACGCUCAGCUGUCCAGCUGUUUGGUGUGCAGCAGGCUGUUUGGCCCUGAACGGUGCCGGAGGCUGCCUCUUCUCAGCUCUUUUAUGCUUAACUCAAGUUUGGAGUUGUGCUCCAGUAAGUUUGACACAGUUUUUGAACAGCUGCUGAUGGAGAACAGAGAGAAAAUAGUGACAGGGGGAGGCGAGAAAAAAAGAGUGACGUCUCCACAAAGAAAGAUAAGAAAGGCGAUUGGUUGGUGUAGGAUUUUUGAGGACUGAGCUAGUAUAUAAGACAUGAGCCAGAUGAAAGAGGAAGUGACAGAGAGAGGUGAAGUGGUAGAAAGAAGAAAGCAGGAGAUGUUCUUGGAUUUGCUAUGUAAAGACUGAAGAACUUAGAGAAGAAAAGAGAAGAAAAGAUGGGCGUUCCUCAUCAAGCCAAAAAGCAGUCACCUGGAAGAGCCAGCAGUGGUCGCUUGGUGCCACACACGCCUCGACACUCGCGUUCAGGGCAGACGCGACAUACUCCACGUGCCGCUCAGCCUCGGUCGGUGACGCCCCGGAAGCAGGUCGCACACACGUCGCAGGGACACACACACGGUCAUGCGCACUUGCACUCACACUCGCACCGCUCACUGUCUGCUCAAGGCGGUCCGACUCGGCCCGGGAACGGACACACACACAUGCACAGUUACACACACCUGUCGGCUCAUGCUGACCAAGGUGGCUGUAACCUCUUCUGCUACCUGUGUUACUGUGCCUACUGCCUUGGCCUGAUGGUCCUUUCAUUCUGUCUUCUUCUCUUCCUCUCUCCUCCUUCACCUCGCUCUCACUCUCACCCUGCAUCUCCUCAACCUCCCCCCACCUCCCCUCACCCUGAUGAAUUCAUUUCAAUGCCCUUGUCUUCCUUAUCAUCUCUUGCUGUUCCUUUCUGCCCUCAUCCAUCUCUAAACUUCUCCUCCAACCUCUCUACCUUCUUUCCUUUCACUCCUCUUCUGUCCUCCACUGGCUCUCUUUCAAAUGAUUUUCUGUUCAAUCUCACCUCUCCUCUCUCUCCAUGCCCCACUCAAUCCCACUCUUCACGCGGUGCUUCCACUUCAUCCCCUGACUCCCAACAUGGCUCUUCAUCCUCCUUUUCUUCAUCCCGCCCCUUUAUGUUGGUCCCACCUUCUCUGCUGCUCCUGCCCCGUCCAUCACUGUGUCGCUCUCGCCCUUCCUCUUCUCGUUCUCUCCCCUCUUUCCUGCUUUGCCCACCCAGUUUCACAGACCCUGCCCUCUCAUCUCUGGAGCAAAUCCCCUUGGCGGGCGCCACGCCCCGCCCCAAGACACUGCUGAGGCAGCAAAGCCUUCAGCAGCCUCUCAUCCAACCUCCAACCUCAGGCCUCGGUGCCCAUUCAGCCAUCUCACAGAGUUUGGGUCAGCUCCAUUCUCAGCCUGGAGGAGGGGGUGGAGGGGCAGGGCCGGGUGGAGGGGGAGGAGCAACAUCUACGGCUCAGCGUAGAGGAACAGGAAAUCGAGGUACUAGAGGCAGCACAGCAGGGGGCGGAGCUUCACGCUAUAGGGCAGGAGGCACAGGGAACCGGGUCUUGAGGGGGAACCCGGGCAGCUGGGAUUACAUGAUGAGCCAGAUCAAGAACCGUGGCCUGGAUGUCAAGUCUUUCCUGGAAGGGAAGAUGGUGGUUCUCUCUCUGGCUAUUGGAUUGGCUGAGCAGGAUGAUUUUGCCAAUCUACCUGACCUACAGGAGGUACCACCCAGUCAAGAAACCCCUGCUGAAAAGAGUAGGAAUAUGGGUAAUAAACCAGCAAACAGUCCUAAGGGUCAGCCACCAGAUGCUGAUGGACACUCCUCUGUCUCUGACCUCGCUAACUCGCUCACUGGAGACAUGGUGAUGUUGUCUCCUGGUUCGGAUGAGGAUCAUGAAGGCCCGAUCAGUGAGAAGCUGGGUAGGAUUCAGUUCAGUGUCGGCUACAGCUUCCAGGACUCUACUCUCACGGUCAAAAUACUAAAAGGUCAAGACCUGCCUGCUAAGGAUUUCUCUGGCACCUCUGACCCCUUUGUAAAAAUCUACCUUCUACCUGACAAAAAGCACAAACUGGAAACCAAAGUGAAGAGGAAGAACCUCAAUCCUCACUGGAACGAGACUUUCCUGUUUGAAGGGUUCCCGUAUGAGAAGGUGCGAGAGCGCACUCUUUACCUGCAGGUACUGGAUUAUGACCGCUUCAGCAGGAAUGACCCUAUAGGAGAGGUGUCUAUUCCACUAAACAAGGUGGAGCUGGGCCAACACCAGAGUUUCUGGAAGGACCUGAAACCGUGCAGUGACGGCAGUGGGAGUCGAGGAGAUCUGCUCGUGUCUCUGUGUUAUAAUCCUACUGCUAACACCAUCACUGUUAACAUUAUAAAAGCACGUAACCUUAAAGCCAUGGACAUCGGAGGCACAUCAGAUCCCUAUGUAAAGGUGUGGCUCAUGCACAAAGACAAGCGUGUGGAAAAGAAAAAGACAAUUACCAUUAAGCGCUGCUUGAAUCCUGUCUUUAAUGAGUCCUUCCCCUUUGACGUUCCUGCACACGUGCUCCGAGAAACCACCAUCAUCAUCACCGUCAUGGACAAGGACCGACUGAGCCGCAAUGAUGUCAUCGGCAAGAUCUAUCUGUCGUGGAAGAGCGGUCCAGCAGAGGUGAAGCACUGGAAAGACAUGCUGAGCAGGCCGCGCACCAACGUGGCACAGUGGCAUGCCCUCAAAGCCUGAUCAACUUCACCUGGUCCCACCCUGAGCCCAUAACCUGUAACCUUUGACCCUUUGAGCCCAUUUCCCAUCCUUAUGCACAAGACUGACUCAAUGCCUGGCUGCAAAACACGGGUACUUUAGCCAUCCAUUCUCAAACCUUUGAACUAAAAGCCUCUGCCCUUGUGUGACUUUUGCUUUCUCCCUUAGCUUAAUCACACACGUGAUCUUUUUUGUUGUUGUUGUUGUUGUUGUUUUUCCUCUCUCUCUCUCUCUCCCUCUCUCUCUCUUGCAGCCCUCUUUGAGAUCUGCUGUCAUUUUGGUAACAUGUUUUGUUAAGGUCUGCAUAUGAAAUGAUCAUAAUCGUUAAAUUAGUAAUCGUUAAAGUAGCUCCCCUUUUCUAACUAAGAAUAUUAAUUCUUCCUGUACUUCAACACAAAGAAAAAUUGAAGGAAGCCAUUUGAAAACUGCUAUAUGCAAACUUUAAUGUGAUGUGUUACCACUAUUUCUGCUUGUACCUUUCAGUUCACUUUCAGUUCAUUCCUAUUUUUAUUAACAAAUUUCCCUAGAGGUCUAUCACAUCUGUCCGAUCCCUGCUUCUCCUCUUUUUUAUUCUGUCUUCUCUAACCUUUCCCUUUUCUCUCCUGUUCUUUGUGGGUCAGUCUUUACUCUUGCAUUAAAUUUGGGUGAGAGCCAUCAGAGACUUUUGGGAGCUCAUUUAUUAGCCAUCUUCAGGGGCGGACUGGCCAACAGGAAGUUUGAGACUUUUUCCACUGGCUGAAUGGGCCAGCCCUUUUUUCUAGUAUGUUCAUUAACCUAUUUAAAGGGAAUGUUGGCUGGCAAAAAAAAAAAUUAAAACAACCAAACAACCGAGCAAUAUCAACAAGCUGUAACCUCCAUCCAUGUAUUCCCUCUGUGUUAUAAGCAGAUAAUAUGCUUUACCAGUCAGUUACGUCAUGCUUUAUUUAAAAAAAAUAAUUGAAAUAUACAUUAUGAACUGAAUAGAUUUGUUUCAGAAGCUGGUUCUUAAAACAGGAAAAUGAUGGAGGAAGCUUUUUCCAACAAAGAUGCACUGCAGUAGUGCUGUGGAUUAGAAUUUUAAAGAAUAAACUUUUAUAGAAUAUACCUUUUUUUAUUUACAUGUACCGCUUUGUUUAUGGAUCUAUUUUUAUGCGUUAUGCAUUGGAUCUAAUGCAGCCCAGUUGAUGCAAAACAUUACAAUUACUGACAAUUGUCAACAUUUUAAACCAAAUUCCCUGAUGUUUUUUGUUCCCAGUCCGCCCCAGGGUUCUUUUGUGCGUAUUCACUGUUACACACAAAAGGAAUUUCAUGCUUAUUUAAUCCCCAAGGAUUGAACAGCAUACAGUCUGAUGAACAUCAGAUCAUUUCAUUAUCAAUUUUAGUAACUUCCUUUAUCCAUCUUCUUUAUUCAACAUUAUUUUAUCCCUCCUUUCUUCUACUUCAUCCACCUUUCCUCUCUUUGCUUGCUUUUCUUUUCUAUCUGAAUUUCUGAAUUUUUUUCUUUUGAUCUCUGUCUCACUGAAAGAAUGGUAGUAAAUUUUCCCCCUUUUCCUGGGAUGUUUUCCUUGUCGGUGUGCCGUAGAUGAUGUGUUAUAGCUCCAGUUGAAAAGCUAUUAAUCUUUAGUGACCGAAGGGAAAACCACUAACUUUUGAGACUAACUGUUCCAUCUCCUCUGGGACAUUUGUAAAAGAAGUAUACAGUCAUUCAGUAGGAAUGAAAAAUAUAUGUAUACAAAAAAUCUAGUCAUCUUUGCCAUAAAAAAUAGACAAUUGAUGAGUUCAAGCAAAAUGUUCUUCCAAACUUGUGAGAAGAGAGAUGUGGGCUGCAUGGCUCGUCAGGGCUUCUGUACCGCAGUCUGAUCUAUUCUCCCGGUGGCUUUUCUUUCUUUUUUUUAUUUCUUAACUUGCUGAUGAGGAUAAGUCUCUGCAGGAAUCCUCACGAUAAAGAGUUUGCCCUAAUACUGCCUUUACCUGACUGUGUGUGUGUGUGUGUGUGUGUGUGUGUGUGGUUAAAAUCACUGAUGUGAAAAAGUAGCCAGUCUGCAAUGUUAUCCUCUUUUCUCUUUCUGCCUUUCUGUAUGCCUCUGAAAAUGAGAUGGAGAAAUAGAGUUAACCUGCACUAUAUGGCAGUGUAAUAAUGAUGAUAAAUAUAAUAAUAAAUGUUUUAACAGUAAUACUUUUUUGGAUUUUAAGGGGGAGGUAUCUCAAGAUGGGUGUAGCAAUGCAUGGAGGCUGGGCCAGACAAUACAGCAAUGACACUCUCUUUCUCUCUCUCUCUCUGAUUUCUAGUCAUUGAUCCUUCAGUGACAUUCAGGCCUUCAGCACAUGGAUGUUGUCUGUAGGUGCAUGUACUAUUUAUGCUAUAGUUUUAAGUGAGUUUCAUCUUAUUUAAGCUCUUUACACACUCGGACCAUGUUAGUUAAUCCUCAGUUAUUGUUAAUUACUAACCCUAAAGAACAUAUACUUGGACCUGUUUUAUUUAUUUAUUUGUUUAUUACACCUGGUUACAGAAGGUUUGAGAACACAUGUUCUGUAUAGUGUGCAUAAUCAUAUAAGCUCUCUUGGUUCUUAAAUAAUUAAAUAAAUUCAUUGUUAUAUAACAGCAGCUUUAUGGGAAUCUGGAUGUAGGUUCACAUUGUCCUCCCUGGGAUACAUGCUAGUGUGUGAAAAGAGUCACAUUUAUUAUUAAAAAUAAGCCAUCAAAAUGUCGACUGACCGACUGCAGACAUGUUAGAGACGUGAAGCUCAAAUCUGAUCAAAAUCAGCUGUAACUCUGUUUGUAUUUAAUCCUUUAUUUUGUUACAUCCAUUCCAAAUUUCUGCAUAUUACAGCAGUAUUGUGUUAUUCUGUGUGAUCAAAGCAGGGGGAAGUAGCUAAAUGUACAGACGUGAUUAUUAAAGCUAUAUUAGUAACUAUUAGUAAUAAAUCAGAUAACAAAUUCACUUAUCAGUUAUCAGCAAUAAUAAAAUUGUAAAUAAUAUAGCAUAAAAUAACGAUAUCUGUGUAUAAUGAUGUAAAAAUACAUUUACAACAAAUUCAUCCAUGUAUAACGGCACCAUCAUAUUAAGACUUUGCCUAAAUGUCGGAUAUGUGUCUGUGCUUUAUGCGAACUUUGAGGAACAGAGUAGGUACAGGGAUAGUGGCUCAAAAGCACUGCCACAAAAAAACAAAAUAAAAUAAAAAUAAAUGUCUGCAGAGUUAAGAUUUUAGUCUUUAACCUCAGACUUUAAAGCUGUAAUGCUGCUGCUGCAAUCUUGUUGGAGGAAAACCGAGCCAUUACAGAAGUCAUUGGUCAAUUUUAAACAUUGACAGAAAAAACGCCUUGAGAGCUCAGCAGACUGGAAUGAAAUCAACCCCGGUUCUACUCAAGGGAGCGUAUAUAAAAACAGCUAAAACUAGCAAGUGUGCAAAAAUCAAUAAGAAUGAAGACAUUCUUCUGAUUGGGUUUGGAAGUUGGUAUAUAUUCUCAAUAAAGUAGUGGUGAAGUUCUAUCACUCUCUGGCCUGAGAAAUUUUUCACUGCUUAACCUCCUAGACCUCAGUGAUGGGUUCUAACUUCCUCUUAGUUUUACUGUAUCACUGCGGAUUUAUUGUAGUUACUGAGUAAUGUGCCUUAAAAUCAUUUUAAGAUGAUGGAACCAAAUAUUUAGUUAUUUUGAAAACUAGGACCACAUGAGCUGAGAAAAGCAAGAAACUUCAGAAACAAAAUUGAGGACCACAAUGCACGUGUGUGUGUGUGUGGUUUUGAUGUGUAUGUGACUCUGGGUCCCUGUGGGGUUGUUGGUCAGGAUAGCAUUCGUGAAGUCAUGCUGCUUUCCGAUCAUUCGAUGUUCUUGAGUAAGAAAGCUGAGCUCUAAUCAAUCCGUCAUUUUGCUCAUUCACACUUAAUGGCAAUCCAUAUCUAUGGAGCACUUCUCGUUGAGUGCUUGCUUUUGUGGCUUAAUGUGGACUCCACCCUUUGUUGCUUUGGUUCAUGAACAAUUAGUGAAUGAAUAAACGCUUCACUUCUUACAAGCAUUGUUCCUCGUUCCACAUUAGCGAUAAUAAAAGGAUUUAAAAGCCCAGAUCUUUUUUUUUUUCCUGUGGAGUGCAGGAUGAUUUAGAAAGGAUGUUGACAUGGGCUGUGUAUUUUAUAACACAUGAUAUCUUGUGGUGUUGUUUUCUCUUUGAUUUGUAGAGUAGGUUAAAUGAGUAAACACUGCCUAGGCCUGCUUGUCUGUUUCUGUGCUAAAGCUAAUUAACCACUGCCACUUAUUGUGUUCAUUAAACACUGCCUGUGUACCAGUAUGUGUGACCUCAUUAAAUACUGCCUGUAUUGAGCCGAUGUCUAAAAAAAAGUUUACUGCCAAGCUUUCUGCAGAUGUCUGAACAAAAAACAAAACCAAAACAAUACAGAGAUUUGUAUAGUUUGUGUGUGUGUGCAUGUGUGUAAGUGGGUGGGUGCUCUGUAUGUGUGUGUGUGUGUGUGUGAAUGGGAUGUUUGUGACUGUGGAAGUCUAAAAGGUGUCACAUGCUUUACUCUCUCUAUGUGUAGGGGAUGUAGUAGUCUGAUCUUAAUAUAGUUACACAUCUCACAAUCACUAUUAUCAUUAAAUAAGCUUCUCGUUGCUGUGUCAUUGAUUCGUUUGAUUCUCGUCUUGUAAAUUGUGCAGACAGAAAUGAGAUGAACAGAAGAGACGAGAGGAAAAGGGGAGACAGACACCAUCCAAGGUGUGAUGCAGUUUCUCUUCCAUUGCACUCGAUUGCAUCAUAUGGAGUGUUUGUGUUGCUGCUGCUUCGGUAUGGAGUGUGUUAAACUUUACAGUACUUGUCUGAAGCCUGCUAUUAAUCUGGACAAUGUUGUUAAAAUAUUAUUUAAUGGAACAAAUGUCCAGAUCAACUAAAUGUUCAUGCAGUAAUAGUAAUACCAAUAACAAUAUUCUACAGUCUUCUAGAAAAGUUACUGAUCAUUUGUGAGAUGUUUGAAAGACACAGGUUUGGCUCCCAGUCAUUCUGCAUGUUCCAGUCCAGCCAGUCCACACAAUUGAUUUAACUUAUCAUACCAGUGAAAGCACUAAUCACAUGAUCUAUUAGAGGAGUUACAUAUUGCAUGGUCAUUACAAAUACUGCAAUAGCUCAAAAUCUAAUGUCUAUCGCGCCACAGUGACCUAAUUAAUAACCUUUCAGAGGUUGAUAUCAGUGUGUUAGUGCAGCAAAAGCACUAAAAUGUGCAGGUCAGGGGGUUCUCCAGAACCAGAGUUAAGAACAUGUGAUGUGGAAGAUCUAGUGAAAAUCAAUAGAACAAUUAAUUCAGAGGUUAAAAAGUCUACUGACCUGCUGCAAACAUGUUAGGACGACAUGUAGGUGUCAUCUGAUCAAAUCUAUAUUUAAUCGUUUAUUUUGUUACAUCCAUUACACAUUUCUGCAUAUUACAGAGUGCUGAUAUUCUGAAGAACUGAGAACUGACAGCCAAAUGUGUACAGGAUGGAGCUAAAAGCUCAAAUGUGAUUCUUAAAACGGCAGUAUUCACAAGCUAUUCAUACUGAAUAAGAGCAGAAAUCGGUUUUAAAUGCUCUUAUGCGUUAUAAGCAAUAACAAAACUGUAAAUGAUUUGACAUCACAAAGUAUGAUGUUACAAUAACCUCAGCUAAAUGUAACUGAGCUGUGUGUCAGAGCACGUAGAAUAACAAGUCUGGAAAUAGCGAUCACACACUUCAUACCAAUCAGUUAUAAAAAAGCAUGUCUUAGUAAGUGGAGAUGGUGAAUAAAUGAAAAGUUAUCUAGAGAAUAUUAUACGUCAAAUAUAAGAUUAUUAUGUUGUCCUCCAGCUGCUCCCUGUCCGGGGUCACCACAGCGGAUCAUCUGAUCUGCAUAUCAGAUUUUGGCACAGGUUUUAACUCUUACAUUUUAUCCGAGUUUGAGAGUUUACCCCUUAGUGUCUGGGUUGGUUUCCUGCCCGGGAAUUGAACCCAGGCCAUGGCGCUGAGAGAAAUAUAAGAUCAUUAUAUAAUUAUUAACUCAUAUUAUAUCAUUGUAUUCUAUUGGCAGAUCAUUUUUCUUCUUUCCAGAAAUAAAUUAGCAAAACGUCAUCGGCUAGUAGAAUAUGGCAUUGAGUAAAAAUAUAGGCUUAAUUUUAUUUCUGUUCCAAAACAAAACGAUACCGAGAAAGGUUAGUUGAGUUUGCGUUUUUUUUAACUAGCUUAAAGAUCAUUGUUUUUGCAGUAUAACACUUUCACUCUGUAAAGUCUCCUGCCUGCUGUCAAGGCAUCAAAUCGAGUCAUGACAAGAGUGCUAGAAAAGCAGACGCUCGAGAAGGCGAUAAUUCUCCUCAGACUGCUCUUCUUCUCUCCUGCCCACAUGUUUAUUCAGUCCUGUCUCCAGACUUUUUCCUUCUCUCUUCCUUCCUGCUCAGUUCAAAUAGUUCAAGCUUUAUUAGCAGUAAAGGUCAGAACAGUUUGUGGUGGGAUUUUGCAGAUUAUUGUGCAAAGCUCUGAUUUUGGUUGUUUGCGGUGAUUUUGCCCCUAAGGGCCAUGUGUUCCCAAACACACACACCCACACACACCCCAGAUACCAACAAUGCAUUAUAUUGUUCUCAUUCAGCAGCUUAUAGCUCUUAUCACUGAUUUUCUCCCGCCGGACAGGGCUCGUCUUACAGCUCGGUGUCUCUGCAGAUCAGGUCUGUAAUCCAGUGUCGCUUGAGAGACGAGCUAAUAGAGUGCAGUGUCGGGGUGGGAGGGCUCAGUCAGCCAGGUGAAGUGUGUUCAGAGGAACUUAUCAGACUUGAUAUCUCUGUCUCUGUCUCUCUCCCUCUCUCUCGCUCUCUCCCUCUCUCACUCAGUGUGUGUUGUUCUAGUCCCAGCCUCCAUCUGCUCUCCUUUUCAUUGUUUAAAGCGCCGGUCCUUGCGCCGGCUUGGCCACACUCCCAGUCAGGGUUUCUGUGCACAGUAUACUAAAUGAACAUAAAUGAUUACAAUAAGUAAUAAUAGCUGAUCUUUUUCUGUUUACAUUUGAAUGUUGGUCUGUGUAUAACUGUGUGUGAUAGACUAGGUGUUCUAAUGUUGAGUUUGUUUCUUUAUAAACUAACUGGAAAAAGGGGAGUAAUAACGCCCUGAAUAUUAUCUUUUGAAAAGUUUUUUUUUUCCUGUAAAUAAUUGACAAAUGAAGAAUUCUGUGGUUGUAAAGAUGAUUUAAUUGCCACUUGUAAUAAUGCUAAAUUAUUAUUGGUGGUUUAAAAAAAAUGAUGAUGAUGAUAUGCCCUUCUUGAACAAGGGUAUUUGAUGUCCACUAUAUUUUCAUUGGAGGAAGGGUUGUUGGCAACGACAGAGCAGAGAUGCAAGAGAAGAGAAGGAGAGGCAUCUUUAUCUGUUAUAAAACAUAUUACAUUAAUUGUAAUGAAAAACCUUAUAUUACCCAGAAUUCCUCGAUAAGCGUUGAUAUGAUUGUGAUUAUUAAAUGUCACAUCUAUAUAAAUGCGCUGGGAGAUAUUUGGAGAUAAUGUGUGAUAAAGAGAUUUUGCUGAAACAGAUGAAAGGGUACACACACACACACUGUUUCCCAUAUGAUGUCACAUGGUGGUUAUAAACGUCAGUAAGCUCCAUGUCUCACAUCUCCAGGUUUGUCUCCAGGUUGUUGGUCUCCUCAACAUCACUUCUAGAGAAUAAGAGUUACUAACAGUCUCAGCGCAAAUUGCAGCCUUCAGCUCCAAAGAACUGAUGGGGAUCCUCUUUUUAUAGUUAGUCAAAGCAAUUCCAUUAGGAAUGUGUCAGUGAAAUGAGUCUACUUGCAUUCUUUCAAGUAUUCAAGGUUUUUAAAUUUCACAGAUGGUUUUUAAUACACUUUUAAGCCUAGGAAAAAUGUAUACCCUUUAUAAUGAGAAGACUGCCUGUUUUGUCCAGGGACUACAGUCUGGAAAUAAUGAGACGACAAAAAAAUAACGGCAGCACUGACAAAAUGUAAAAUUCUCCUGAAAUGAUUUGAUAAUUGGAUGAAGAUUAUUAUGAUUCGGGUGUCCUGGUUUAGCAGAUGAUUUGUCGUCUCUCUCCUUCUCUUGUUCUCCCUCUGAGUUUGUCCCAAAUCAACCCUGCUUCCACUGAAGAAUGCUGUGUGUGUCAGCACUCCUGUGUGUACAAUCUUAAUGGAUUUAUUUCUGUAUUUUUUUGCCAACUUUGUAUAGUGUAAAAAAGUAUAAAUAUAUGAAAAAUGAAUACUGUAUAGAUUUUAGCUGCCUGUCGAAGGCCCAGAAGUAUAUAUAACUGGUAGAGUAAAUCAGUCAGCCGUGUAGAAGCAUUCUAAAGGAAUUUACCGAGAUCAUGCUUUCUGUAGAUUCUUGCGGUGCCACGGUUUUAUUUUAUUUAAUUUUUUCCUUUGAUUGUUAUUCUUUUUAUGAAUUACCACGUGGCAUCUUAAAAGUCUGUGUUGUUUCCUGUUAAUACUUUGUAUGGGUUGUUUAUUUGUUUGUUGUUUGUUUGUUGAUGAACACAGCGAGGUUCAGGCGCCCAGGAGAGUGCACGGGAACGCAGAGUGGAAGUGCGGGAGUUUGUUUGCGUUUGUGUAACAUGUUCGUUCUGAAAAAUUAGUCUGGUGGUUAGUCUGUGGUAGUGCUAUAGAAGCUUUCGUGUCUUUAUUGAAUCGUGUCCUAGAUAUAUAGAUGUGGUUGAAGUACGUUUCUAGCAUAGGUCAGUGUUUCUCUUUUCUUCUUCUGUCUUCCUCUUUAUUGAAAUGAACCAAUUUGAUAAAUAUUAUAAAUUCCAUUAAUAUCCAUUAAAAAAAGAUAAUACAGUGACCAAAUGUUAACAGUGUCAAAUACUUUUAUCACACUGU